AUGGAUCAAAUUGAGUCAGAUGUCUCAAACGGUAAAGUAAAGGAGCCGAGUGUAAUAUCUCCGGGAGGAUCCAAGACCGAAGAGAGGCAAAGUCACGGUGUUACUAAUCAGACUGAGAUGAGUCAACAUGGUCAAGAGCAGCAGCCUCGUGGAGAAGUGAACAUGGAAGCUUCCAUAGCAGCAGAGGACGUGAUAAGAGCUGGAGGGUUUGGUGCUAAAGACGACAUUGGAAGCUUCCUUCCCGUGGCUAGUGAUUCUACUGACUUUGAGGAAUCAAUCCGCUCUGCACGUGACUACGAAGAACCCCAACCAGAGGUUCAGAGACCCGGUCUUGGCUGGCCUAAAGAGUAA